GCAACGAUUGCCUACGACGUCCUUCAACUCUUCCCCUUCACCUCCGAGGCGAAGCGUAUGGGCAUAGUUGUGCGGGAUCGUGCCACUCAGGCCAUUCACUUUUACUUGAAGGGGGCCGACACCGUAAUGGCUGGUCUGGUGCAGUACACUCCCUGGAUGGAGGAUGAAGCGGGAAACUUAGCGCGUGAGGGCCUCCGUACCCUUGUUGUAGCACAUCGGGAGCUCACCGAGGAACAGUAUGCUGACUUCGCCUCGCGAGUGAACAAGCCACAUUGGAAACCUGAAUUAGUUUUCUUGAAGCGCUUUGUGUAA